AUGUUAUCAUUAUCAUCACGUAUACAGUCUUCAGCGGCAAGUCCUUCGUUUUGCUUUUGUCGAUUUUUUUCAGUGGAAACGAAUAUAGAAGAUUACUAUUCGGUACUUGGUGUUGAUCGAACAGCCUCAGCAAAUUCUAUUAAAUCGGCAUUUUAUGAAUUAUCCAAGAAGUAUCAUCCCGACAGGCAAAUUGAUCCUGAUAAUAAGCAAUCAUCAGCGGAAAAAUUUCGUAAAGUUGUUAUUGCUUAUGAAAUACUUGGGUCAGUUGAGAAAAGAAAGGCAUAUGAUAAUGAAAUAUUAAGACAGCAAUUAACAGGAACAUGUCCGGAUAAGAACCCGAAAUCACUCCGUUUUGAUUCUAUAUUCGACAAAUAUCAAGCAAAGACGCGAAGAUACACGGACCUCGAUAUCGAUUAUAAAACAUUCGAACAGUUCCAACGCAACACAAGGCUGCGUCGACGUAGUACUGCUUCCAACAAUCAUUCGGAAAUGCCUUAUGAAUUUUAUGCAGAUUUUGGACAACGCAAAUUCUCAUCGAUUUAUAUGGACAGUGCAGCUGCACGACGUUUGAAACAAGAAGCAGCCAUUGAAAAAGAAAUGGAAGAAUUAAAGAAAAAGCAGCGUUUUCGAACGCCAACAUUUGCGGAAUUAAGUAAACAACGAGAAAAAAAAGCAGCCGAAGAAAUGAAAGCUAAUAUUAUUGCGGCAGCUAUCGCUACAACUUGUACCGUCGCAUUGUUAAUUAUUCGACUUCUCAGGUGA